AGUGUUGUGGGGCUAAAAAUGACCGAAACGGAGUCGAAAGACUGUCCCACUGAAACCAUCGAGUCCCUCACCAAAGAGGCCGAAGCCUUGAAAAAGAAACUGGAAGAUGAGAGACAAAAACUCAACGACGUUACACUGGCUACGGUGGCCGAGCGCUUGGACAUCAUCAACUACAUGAACAUCAAACCCCGACGAACCCUAAAGGGCCACCAAGCCAAAGUCCUGUGUUCCGAUUGGUCCCCGGACAAGCGCCACAUUGUCUCAUCAUCACAAGAUGGUAAAAUGAUCAUUUGGGACGCUUUCACUACUAACAAAGAGCAUGCAGUCACCAUGCCUACAACUUGGGUAAUGGCUUGUGCUUACGCCCCAUCAGGAAACCUAGUCGCUUGCGGGGGGUUGGAUAACAAAGUCACUGUUUAUCCUCUAAGUCUGGACGAGGAUGUGACCCUCAAAAAAAAAACAGUCGGGACGCACACUAGUUACAUGAGUUGUUGCAUUUUUCCCAACUCUGACCAGCAAAUUUUGACGGGGAGUGGCGACUCAACUUGCGCUUUGUGGGACGUAGAGUCGGGCCAGCUACUGCAGAGCUUCCACGGACAUUCCGCUGAUGUUAUGUCGAUAGAUUUGGCCCCGUCUGAGACCGGCAACACUUUCGUCUCCGGGAGUUGCGACAAAAUGGUAUUGAUCUGGGACAUGCGUUCGGGACAAUGCGUCCAAUCUUUUGAAGGACACGAAUCGGACGUUAACAGCGUUAAAUUCCAUCCAAGUGGCGACGCUGUAGCUACAGGAAGUGACGAUGCUACGUGUCGGUUAUUUGAUCUAAGGGCUGACAAAGAGGUUGCAGUUUACAGCAAAGAAAGUAUUAUUUUUGGGGUGAAUUCGGUCGAUUUCUCCGUUUCAGGUCGACUCUUAUUCGCUGGGUAUAACGAUUAUACUGUCAAUGUUUGGGAUACUCUUAAAUGUGUAAGAGUGUGUCUGUUGUACGGGCACGAAAAUCGAGUCUCGUGUUUGCAAGUCUCGCCAGAUGGCACUGCUCUUUCUACAGGGUCGUGGGACUACACCCUUAGGGUCUGGGCUUAAAACGGAAUUAUUGCAUUUCAAUGGCAUUUAAGAAUAUUUGUUCUGUGUUUAUAGACUUAUCAGUUCAGCAGAGCAGAGGUGUUUGUAUCGAGCUGACUGUAGCGAAAUGUCUGUAUUUAUUUAAGUGCAAUCUAAAAUAUUGUUGACUGUUUCUGAAGAUUAGUUGAUGUAAUAAUAAAACUUCCAGUUCUGUUAUGUA